UCCAAAGGACCUUGGAGUUUGUGGGGGACAGCCUGGAAAGUGUCAACCCAUUGCUAUGGUUUUCUGUUUUAAAGUUUUUGGACCUCUUUGAUGUGAAAGGGUACGGGAAGAUGGGGUAACAACCAAUGGGCCAUGUGAAAGUCACUGGGUCUGUUCCCAUCACUGAUCUUAAAACGGGAUGAGAAAAAGUGGGAGAAGGUUGAAGUUCUGAAAUCUGCUGCACUGGCACGGGGGGAUGCUGAAAUAGUUAACAGCUGUCUGCACACAGCUUAACCAAACAGCUUUUGGGUGCUGAAGGCAAAUAACCUUGAUGGAUGAGUUUUUCAAAAAAAGAUUCAUUCAAAGCUAGAUAUUUAUAGUAAAUUAUAAUAAUUUGCACAUCAAUACUAUGAAAUGACUCAAAAUUAAUCCUUUUACAUCAUUUUGCACUCCUAUCCUCUGUUCCUGUUCUGUGGCAACAAAUGGAGGCAAAAAAGCAUAUGAAUGAACUGUGCCCCGGAUGUCUACCAUAGCCUGUUCUUGAGAAGGCUGGAGGGUGCUUGCUAGAGAAUUUGAGGAUCUUGUAGUAGGUUGGAGGGGCUGCUGAAAUAAUCAGAUUAGUUUGGACCAGUUGCUUGAGGCCUUUGUGAGGAACAUAAGACAUAUAGAUAAGCACCUGAGCCUCAAGACAAACUUGUGGUGGAAGAGGAAAAGAGGGUGACAGAGAUAAAAGCAAGAGAUGGGCUAUGAAAUAGCAAGAUUUGUGUCUUCUGACAUUGAUAAAGACUUGAUUUGUUCAAUCUGCAUGUGUGUUUUAGAAAAUCCUGCUGAGACGCCGUGUGAGCACAGCUUUUGUGAGCGGUGCAUAAAGGAGUGGCUGAGAUUUCGUGGCCGCUGCCCCCUUGACCGUGUGCAUAUCAACGCAAAUCAGCUGUACCAGCCGAGCCGUAUGCUCAUCAACCAGCUGGGCAGGCUGGUAAUCUCCUGCGACUUCAAGUCGGAAGGCUGCGAUCAGACGAUGCCGCUCGAGGUGCUGGCCGCGCACCGGCUCAAGUGUCCGUGUAACCCACGGCCUAAUGACGCUCCGGAGCAGGCGGCCCGGCCGGCGCUGCCGCCCCGGCACGAUGCGGGCGCCUACGCCCAGCAGCAACAGCAGCAGGAGGAGGAAUCGGUGGACACGGGCGUGGCCGUCGGCCUAGUGGCGCUGGCCGGCAUCGUUGGCACCGUGGUGGCCGGCGUCAUGGGCUACCAGCGCGGCCGGUCCCGCGGCUCCGAGAACUGAGCUGGAGUUGGGGUCGCUGCCGGCGCCGGCCCCCGUCCCCGCCCCCGCCCCAGGCGACGGACGAUGGCGCCGGUCAGCUGGCGACCCCGCCUCACCGCGCGGGCGGCGAGGCCCCUGCGUGGGGCGUGAGUCAGGGGCUGUGGUGCGGCAUGGGUGGCGGGCGCUGCGCUCCGCUGAACGUUAGAGCCCGGCGGGUAAUGCGACUGGUUGCGCAGGUGACAGACGUCGCUCAUGACGGUCCCGUGGUGAGCGCCAGUGGCGGGUCUUGCGGCUGCUGACGGUCACAACUUGUAUCACGCAGCGUCACCAGCUGAACGCGAGGCGUUCUUAAGUCGGGCUAUCGUACUGAAGUGGGUUGUGAUAACGAUUGCUUUCCUUGUGCGCAGGCGAAGGCGCUGUUUUUAAUGGCGCAUGUGCGUGGACGGCGCGCGUCUUACUUUUUACAACAUAUCUAACUUGGCGGCCAAACCGCUCCUACUCCCGCGGUAGAUCGUGUGGGUAAAUGGGCGUUAUAAACCGUUGCAGUAUAUUUAUGGGUACAUGUCAAGUUGCAGAGGUGUCUGACGUGUAUGAUAGGGUCUCGGUCAGGCCCAACCAUGUCCCGACGUUGCCGGCGUGAUUAGGGCAGUGUUAACGUUGCUUUCUCUCCUGUUGGUGCCCAUGUGAUCGCUUGGACGGAGUGACCGGAAAAUACAUAUAUGGAACAG